AUGUCAUUGGUGGUGAAGCAGUACCGAUGUACACACUCUACGAGCUGUGCUUGCCUCAAGGGCCAUGUCAGGGAGGAUGCAAUGUAUCUCAUGUUCCCACACAUGAAUUGGAACCCAAAGAUGAUUGCUAUCUUAUCCAAUGUAUGUAAGUGGUUUGAUGAAUUUGCCAAGAGGGUGCUCUGGAACGAAUUCUGCAAUGCUAGGGCACCAAAGAUGAUGAAGGAUUUGCACUAUGAAGGAAGCCAUAUUGUUGAUGGCAACUUGAAGGCCCAAGGGAAGCUUCUUAUCUAUUGCGCAGGGUGCCCUAGUGGAGACCUAUUUAGUAAUAUCCAGGAUCCAAUACUAGGGCACUUUGUCUACAGGAUCCAUAUUUCUAGGACAUUGUUGAAGAGCUUAUUGGCACCACAGUGUAGGUCUGAAGGGGCGUGUUAA